CGAGAGGGGACGACGCGUCCGGGAUGUGGGAUCAGAGGCUGAUUCGGUUGGCGUUGCUGCAGCACCUUCGGGCCGCCUACGGUAUUAAGGUCAAGGGUGGCCGUGGGCAGUGCGAUCGCAGGAAACGAGAAACAGCGGCCGCAGAAAUCGGGAGUAAAAUAUUUGGAGUCCCUUUUAGUGCCUUGCCCAAUUCUCUUGUACCACAGUAUGGACACAUUCCAAGCUUUCUUGUAGAGGCUUGCUCAUCUUUAGAGGAGCACAUUCAUACAGAAGGGCUCUUUAGGAAAUCGGGAUCUGUUAUUCGCCUAAAGGCACUAAAGAAUAAACUGGAUAAUGGUGAAGGUGGCUUGUCUUCUGCACUUCCUUGUGACAUUGCAGGACUGCUUAAACAGUUUUUUAGGGAAUUGCCGGAGCCCAUUCUUCCAGCUUAUUUGCAUGAAGCACUUUUCAAAGCUCAACAGUUAGGAUCAGAGGAGAAGAACACAGCUACAUUGUUACUUUCCUGCCUUAUGGCUGAUCGUACAGUUGAUAUAUUAAGAUAUUUCUUUAACUUUCUCAGGAAUGUUUCUCUUAGGUCCAGUAAGAAUAAGAUGGAUAGCAGCAAUCUUGCAGUAAUAUUUGCACCAAAUCUUCUUCAGACAAGUGAAGGACGUGAAAAGAUGUCUGCUAACACAGAAAAAAAGCUGCGAUUACAGGCUGCAGUAGUGCAGACUUUUAUAGAUUAUGCCUCAGAUAUUGGGCGGAUCCCAGAUUUUAUCCUGGAAAAGAUACCAGCUAUGUUGGGUAUUGAUGGUCUCUGUGCUACUCCAUCAUUGGAAGGCUUUGAAGAAGGUGAACAGGAAACUCCUAGUGAGUGUAAGAGAAAGCGAAGACAGAGUGUUGGAGAUUUUGUGAAUGGAGCACUGAAUAAACUUAAAUCUAACAGAACACCCUCUGUUACACCUCAACAGGAUGGAGCUGCCCAGCUGUCUGUAUCCCCAAUGAUUCUUACACCAAAUGCUAAGCGUAAAUUGCCAGUAGAUUCUUCUCUUGGUCUCUCAAGUAAGAAAAGGAAGUCCGUCAAACACAAUUUUAACUUUGAGCUGUUGCCAAGUAAUCUCUUCAGCAGCAGUUCUACUCCAAUUUCAGUUCAUUGUGAUACAAGUCCAGAAGGGUCAUCUCAGAGUUCACUCUCUCCUGUCACCAUCAGUGGAAACCAUUUGAUCAAUGCAGGUGUGCUAAGGCGAAGUAAAAGAAUUGCGGGCAAAAAAGUUUGCAGGGUGGAAUCAGGAAAAGCAGGCUGCUUCUCUCCUAAAAUCGGCCGUAAAGAAAAGGUUCGAAGAUCUCUUCGGUUGAAAUUUAGUCUGGGAAAAAACAAAGACAUAAAUGGAUGUCCUGGUGUCAGUAGAUGUGUUGGUCGAAGACUUGCAAAUCAAGAAAGUUUAAAAAAUAGGAUUGAAUCUGUAAAAGCAGGUCUGCUUUUUAGCCCAGAUAUUGAUGAAAGAUUAUCAAAGAAAGGUUCAGUAAAGAUCAGUCAGUCUGAGGAAAACUUAGUAACUCCAGAGCGAGUAGAUGGACACUACCGGAUGUCUUGGACGGGACUUAGCAAUUCAAGUUUUCAAGAAAUGGAGGCCAGUGAAGCUUCUCCAAGAAUGGGAAAUCUUGAAGUGCAGAACUUUUCUUUGGAGCCUGAAGUUACAGUUGAAAAGUCACCUAGCGUGUCCUGUGAACUCACCCCUUCCACCUCACACAGCAAAACUAAAAGCAGGGUGGCAGAAAGCUCCCUUAGUGGGGAUGAAAGUAACUUGACCUCACAGACUUUGGUGAAGAUCCAAAAAGCUUUUUCAGAGUCUGGAAAUAAUCUUCAUGCACUGAUAAGUCACAGGCAGUCACCGGCAAUUAAUGUGGAAAAAGAAGAAAUAAAUGAAUCAUCUUAUGGAGAGUAUAAGUCAGAAGAAAAGCUAUUUGAAACUAAUAAUUUGACUGUGAGAGAAUCAGAGGAAAAUUACAAAGACUGUUCCAUUAAAGAUGAAUGUUGUUUUUCAGAAAGAGACCUCUCACCACAUCAAACCCCAAGUUUAGGUAGAGAGUCAACUACAAAAUGUUACUCAACUCAGAUGAAGGUAGAACUUCACAAAGACACUGACUCAGAUGUACAGAAGGGUAGUUUAGUACAGCAGGAACUCCCUAUUGCUGAACAAACGAGGGAAGAACAGUCCCCAAAAGAUAAGCUAAAUACUCAGGCAGAGGAGCAUGAGAAUAGGUUUGAGGAGAACUUAGUGAAAUGCACAGCUCCCGAAGAGGGUGAGACUAAAUCCCCUUCCUGUCAGCAGAGUAUGUAUAAGGCGACAAACCUGUCAAAACCUAGGCCUGUGAGAAUUGCUAAGCAGCAGUCGUUGGUGGAAACAUGCAGUAAAACGGUUUCUGAAGGUGUGCACGUGACAGAGCAUGGGAAGGUUUCAGAUCACAUACAGUGGUUUAAUCAGCUCUCAUUAAAUGAAUCAAAUAGAGCAAAAGCGAAGUCACCUCUUAAAUUUCAUCGUACUCCUGUCCGCCAGUCUGUCAGAAGAAUUAAUUCUUUGUUGGAGUAUAGCAGACAACCUGUAAGACAAAAGUUGACCUAUCUUGGUGAUGCUGCUUCUCCUUUGAUUAAGUCGGUGAGCUGUGACAGUGCUCUUCCCUCUUGUACGGAUAGUGCAUUGAAAGAGUCUUCUCUUUCAUGUGCCAGACUAGGUCCUAGAGAACAGAAGUCCUUAAAGAUGAAGAGGCAUCCAGAUUCUGUGAAUGCUUCUCUUGGGCCUGCUAAAGUUUGUACGCAGGAGCUGGUAUCUGAUGGUCACGUUAAGGGUCCCUUGGAGGACCUGACCAAUCAUGAUAUAUUAACAUCUGCUGUGAAGAGUGACGCGAGCUUCUCUUCUGGGAUGAAAACCACGGUCCUUAGAAAACCAUCAGAAAGGGAGAGGGCUUGGUACAAGGGUUCUCCAAAAUAUCCUAUAGCGAAGGCUCAACUACUGCCAACAAGUAAACCUAUAGAUUUGUAAUUGGCAAAGUUUAAACUUGUUGUGAAUGUAAAUAAAUUAGCAAUUGGUGAUAAGACUUGUGGGAUAAUAUACAUGUUAGCUGGUAGCAGAGGAUGAUUUACUAAGCAGCAGGUUUCCUCUGAGACAUCUUGAUUUCUCUGCAUAUAUCAUUACUUUGCUUUUCUUAAUUAUGGCAGUAUUUAAACAAUUUUUUGUGAUCUCUUAAAGCAAAGGUUACAGAAAUCGUUGACUGAAUUUGUAAAAUUUUUUUAGAACUGUAUGAUUUUUAUUUUGUAUGUGUGAGAAGAAAAGUGAAGCUAGUUUUGUCUAUUGUUCUUUCUCCAAGUCAUGUAAAGUUCUUGUAAAACCUAGCGUGUAAUGGGGAAGAGUAAGCCCGCAGAUCUUGCCUUGAAUUAUGUUCAUGCCCACUUGUGUUUACCAAAAUCCCUAGAAACUAAAUUGCUGUAGUAGUCUAAUGCUUUAUUCCAGUUGGAGGCAGAAUGCUUGGGUUCGUAGCUCUGUGCCUGUACAGUGUGUUCACUUGAAAUAAGCAGUCGCUAAUGCAGAAUAAUCAUGGAAACGUGCCCUUAGGAUGUAGGCCUAAUUGGUUAUGUUUAAGCCAUACUAUGUUCUUAAAGGUAAUUUGCACAAAUACUUGUGUUUGUGUUUUGUCUGGUAUAGAAUGAAAUUAUUUAAGGAGGACUAGUUGAACUUGAAAAAAUAAAUCAAAGUAAUUGUUUUUCUACGCAGAUGCUUGAUUUUAGAACUUGAAUAGAUUAUGCACCUCUGUACAUUUUACUUGGAUAAAAACUUAUGAUGGUCUUAUGUGUAAAUGUUAUUUAUUUAGUGAAGACAUUAAAGAUAAUUUUCUGGAAAA